CUUUAUUUAACAUCGCACAAUAUCGUUCGUCGAUGUAUAUUUUUUUUCUCAAUAAAUUAUUUUGAAAAGCAUGUUCUGCUUGAUGAAUUUCAAUUGAACAACACAAAAAAGAGAAUUUCUCUAGGGUUGAAAACCUGCAUUUUUUUAUAGUGAUGAGUGAUGUGAGAAUGAGAGCUUGUUAAUAAAGAACAAACCGGCAAGAUAAAUAGACAUAAAAUGAAAUGAUUAAAUGACAUUACACAGACUAGAUAGUGAUAAGUGAUUUAAAUAAUUAUAAUUUUAUUUGUGAAUGAAAUAUAGACAUUUUUUGUAUUAGUGGUUGAAUUACUUGAAUUGCUGAUAACACAAAUAUUAUUUUCAUUUUGUGGGUGACAAGAUAACAAGCAUAAAGACAAGAUAGAGAUUAUUACAUAAAAGAAAUUCCAAUAGUGAAGAUAACAGACAAGAGAAAAUUAAAUUAAAUUAAAAUUAAUAAGAAAACAAAGAAAGCAUAGAAAAUUGUGUUUAAGCUAAGUGAAAGUGAGGAGCAAAUUUUGAUUCAUCUCAAGUGGUGUGGAACGAAAUGGCUGCUCUGGGUAUUGAGCAAGCGAAAGUACGGCAACAACUGAGCCACCGAUGACCUCUCCUUCGUCUUCAAAUUCAAACGGCUUAGAGCCUCAACUACCUCCUUUAUUACCACCAUUACGUUCGACUCAACACAUUUUACAAACUUUAGCCGUGUUUCCAGUCGUGUCGGGAUUAAAAGAGGAAUCAACGUAUGAUUAUGUUUUCGGAGGGCCAAUACCUCAUCGGUCGGCUGUAUCACAUUCAACACUUAAGCUGACGUCACCUCCGGUUAGGUUGCGUCCUGAUAGUAGACUUUAUACGCAACAAAGGUUUGGUGGAAGUUUAGACGAUGGGAGAACAUCAUCAUCACCACAUUCGCAUAUUCAUUACCAAACACCGCGACGUUCGCCAGGAAAUUCAUUGAAAAGUCGACGAAGCAUAAAUAGCAGAGGUUCUCGGUCGUCAUUGAAAAGUAAUCUAGAUGAUGAGGAAAAUACAUUACGACAGUUACUUAACGAUUUGCAAAAACAAGUGAGUGUAAUGAGCAUGAAUUUAAACUGUAAACUGGAUAAUUUGCAACGAGGUGAUCAAUACAUGGAGACAUCAGUGGCAUUGUGCGAAAUUCGCACACAGCUCCAAGAGCUGACAAAGUCAGUUGAGAGCUGCCAAAGUGAAGUGUCUGAGGUUAAAAGAGAUAUGGUUGCGAUAAAACAUGAAUUGGAUACAGUUCAACAAGUUAAAGAAGAAAUUGAGGAGCUUCGUGAAUAUGUUGACCGCUUGGAAGAGCAUACACAAAGAAGAAAGCUUCGUUUAUUGGAACAAGGUUUAACCUUCUUCCUUACGUAUUCGAUAUUUGCUGCCGUGCUGGGCAUGUUACAAUUCGGUUACAACACCGGAGUUAUAAAUGCACCUGAAAUAAAUAUAGAAAAUUUUAUGAAAGAUGUUUAUAAAGAUCGCUAUGGUGAAGAUAUAAGCGAGGAAUUUAUUCAACAAUUGUAUUCAGUGGCUGUGUCGAUAUUUGCAAUUGGUGGUAUGCUUGGCGGUUUUAGUGGUGGAUGGAUGGCAAAUCGUUUUGGACGGAAGGGAGGCCUGUUAUUGAAUAAUGUUCUCGGUAUAUCUGGUGCAUGUUUAAUGGGUUUCACAAAGUUCCUCAACUCAUAUGAAAUGCUGUUUCUGGGGCGAUUUAUUAUUGGAGUUAAUUGUGGUUUAAAUACAUCAUUAGUUCCAAUGUAUAUAUCGGAAAUUGCGCCAUUAAAUUUGCGAGGUGGUUUAGGUACUGUUAAUCAAUUGGCUGUGACAAUAGGUUUACUUCUCUCACAAGUGCUCGGCAUCGAGCAAAUACUAGGAACAAACGACGGAUGGCCAGUAUUAUUAGGAUUAGCAAUAUGUCCAGCUAUAUUACAAUUACUAUUAUUACCAAUUUGUCCCGAAUCACCGCGAUAUUUAUUGAUUACUAAGCAAUGGGAGGAGGAAGCACGAAAAGCUUUAAGACGACUUCGAGCAUCGAAUCAAGUGGAAGAGGACAUAGAGGAAAUGCGAGCGGAAGAGCGUGCGCAGCAAUCAGAAAGCAGUAUUUCAAUUAUGGAAUUAAUCUGUUCGCCAACCUUAAGAGCACCUCUCGUAAUUGGAAUUGUAAUGCAAUUGAGUCAACAGUUGAGUGGCAUCAAUGCUGUAUUUUAUUAUUCCACUUCACUCUUCAUGAGUUCCGGUCUUACGGAGGAGAGUGCAAAGUUUGCAACAAUAGGAAUUGGAUGCAUUAUGGUUGUUAUGACAUUAGUAUCAAUUCCAUUAAUGGAUAAGACAGGACGUCGUACCUUACAUCUCUAUGGACUUGGCGGAAUGUUUAUAUUCUCGAUAUUCAUAACAAUCUCGUUCCUUAUAAAGGAGUUUUUUGGUUAUGUGCAGGAAAUGAUCGAUUGGAUGUCCUACUUAUCGGUGGUAUCAACGCUCGCAUUUGUUGUCUUCUUUGCUGUUGGACCUGGAUCGAUUCCAUGGAUGAUCACUGCCGAACUGUUCUCCCAAGGUCCUCGACCAACUGCUAUGGCUAUAGCAGUUUUAGUCAAUUGGUUGGCAAAUUUUGUGGUCGGAAUUGGUUUUCCAAGCUUGAAGUCUGCAUUGGAAAACUACACAUUUUUGCCAUUUAGUGUAUUCUUAGCAAUAUUCUGGAUAUUUACAUAUAAAAAAGUUCCCGAGACAAAGAACAAAACGUUUGAGGAGAUUUUAGCACUUUUCAGACAUGGAAAUGGAAGAUCUCUUCGUGAUAGUAGACUUUACGGGAGUAUGCUAAACUGCGUGAAUAAUUUGAAUUUGGAACCGCAAAGCAUGAAUUCCGGCAUCGAACGGGCUGCUUUAAUGGUGUCGGAGGAAAAACAGGACUCACCUGCUUCCGAGCGUUGUUUAGAAAACGCAAAAAUUACGCAGACACGAACUGCUAUUUAUGUGCCGCAUCACCAUCAUCCGCAAGCAACUGUGUACCAGCCGAACAUAGAGCCCUGACUUCUGAAGAACGGUCCAGUGUUCCCUAGCAGCUAUGUACAAAUUGUAGAUAAUAAUGACGAUAAGGUGGUGGAAGAUAAUCAGGUGCCACCACUAGCACUUAAUCAGCAACAUUUGCAACAACAACAACAACAUGAAGAACAGCAACAGACAGAGACAGUGUGUAUGGAUCAAGCAUCAUGCCCUUAUGCAAUAAUAAGGCCUUCUUCCUCGUUGGAGAAGCAUCAUCGGAAUGGUAGCUUUAGUUUAAAGACGACUGGGAGUCAAUCGACACUGAAUACAAUAUGUAGUUAUCACAGCAGCCACAAAAGUCAACCGAAUGCAUUUUAUAAUCGACUUUAUAAUUCUGAUCCAAAUACAAAUACAAUUGGAACGCACUCGUCGCACAUUACAGAUGAUACUGAAUAUUUGUCUAACUAUGCUCACAUUAAGCAUAGCCAUAGACAUCCACAUUAUCAUUUACGUAGGCAAUCACAGCCAGAUGAGCCGAGACUAAUGUCACGAAAUUCAAGCGUUAAAAGUUUCACCUCACAAUGCUACAUAAAUCCAGAAUAUUUUUAUGAGAUACGUCCAUCACGUUCGUGUGAUGACAGUAAGGCAUCGUUAAUAUCACGAAAGCCGUCACAAAAUCAAAUAAUGCUCUUAAAUUCUGAACUUCACUUGCUCGAAGGUCUACGUGAUCGGUCACUUUCAUUUUCAAAAAUUAAUUACAUCGAUAAACACUAUUUACUUGGCAAUGAUGAUGAUGAUGAUGAUGAUGAUGAUAAUGUAGACGUACCGAUACGGGAAUUAGAUCAAGCAACAUCAUCAACAUCUUCCGAGUGUUCUGAUGCGAGUGAAUUUCAUGAGAAUAAAACAUCAACGCUUGAUAGAACGAAAGCCGCUUAUGAUAAAAGACCACAACCACCACCAAUGUAUAGUGAAACAGACUCUUAUUCAACAGUAAACGAUGAAAUUACUCAAUUAGUCAGUAAGCAUCUUUCGAAUUCUAUUAAGCAACUCGUUGCACUAAGAUUUACGAAUGUAGAGAGCAAUUAUACAAUGCCAUUAAGACGUCGUCAUAGUUGUGAUAGUUCAGAACUUUCCGAUAUUGAUAUACCAGACUUGUUUAAUUCUCCAUCGCGUAUAAAAUGGAACUUUUUAACUGGAUUACCUGAUCGUAGUCGAAGUCAAAGUCAAAUAUGUAGUAGCGAUUAUAAGACUGAUGAGGAUGACGACGAGGAUGAGGACGAAGAGAAUUUCGAGAAUAAAAUAGCCGAGUUACUUAAACAUCAUCGAUCAGCAUCAUUAGAUGCAAGAUAUCGUGGACAUAGAGAGACACAAAUUGUACCGCUAUGGCGUACAAAUAGUUUUGGGGAUAGAGUACGAGCUGAUAGUAAUUCGACAAUUGUUUUACAUCAUCAUGAUAAUGAAUUGUUGGAGGAUUGUUGUGAGGCACAUUAUAGAUAUCAUCAUGAACAUGAUAUUGAGGGUGGCAGUAGUAAUAAUGGAGUUGAGAAUAAUGAAAAUAAAAAAUAUAAUGAGCACCCAAGCACAGAGGAUGAUACGAGAGUUUUUGAAUUUGAAUUGUGUACGAAAGAAAAUUGUGAAUAUUUAUCGAAAAGUCAACUGACGAGUUUGCCAACUGAGCAACAAAAGAAUCUCUUAAAUAAUGAAAUUCCCAGUAGUCUACCGAGCAGCAUUAAAAAUAUUAAUCUAAAGCAUAAUAAAUUUAAAUUGAAAAAGACGAAGAAAUCGAAAAAGUCGACAGCCCAACAAAAUGGUAAGGGUAAGGAGAAUCAGGAUAAGAGAGAUGAGCAUUUCAUGAUGUGGAGUAAAAUUAAUUUAAAUCAUUUGAUGAAAAAGGAUAGUUGCAAUAUUAAUAGCGUUAAUCUUAAGCCUCAUUCAAGCUCAUCUUCAUCAAACUCAAUCAAUCAUAUUGGAAAUCAUCACAAUCUCAAUAAGAGACAUGCUAAAUCGAGUGCUGAUAAGCUAUUUAAUGCAUCACUCACACAGCACGAACACGAACAGGCACAGCCACAAACAACGACACAAGAACAGCAACAACAAAAUCAGCCUCAAACUAGACAGCAUCGCCAUCCACGCAGAUCACUAAAUGUCGCCUCACUAAUACUAGCAUCAUUCAAUUCGACACAAGCUCGCAUUAGGAACGACGGUGGUAUCUAUUUUAGUAAUCCAGACUUAUCCUCUAUUCCUGCAGAUUUACGAAGUAUGAAUUUCUUAAAUAAUAACAGCAGCUGCCAAUUUAUUAAUAACGACUUAAGAAGUAAUGAUAAUGAUAAUGUAAAUAAUCGUAGCCGAUUCGAUUCGAGAUUUAACAAUUUAAAUUCAGCAACAAAUUAUUUGUUAGAUUCUAUUAACAGUAAUAAUAUCGAUAAUUCUAAUAGUUCUGAAAUAAUGCAACAGCAAGAUUUAAGAAGACGCUUAAGGUAUAUUAAUCUUCAUGGUAUGUUAAGGCGCGCUCGUAAAAGGGCCCAGAAAUAUUUGAAUUCAAUAUCAUUCGCUUCACGAAAAUGAUGAAAUUUCGUUCCUGAACUUUUCUCUCUCCACAUCCGUCAUACAAUUGUGAGCAUGUUUUAGCUUAUUUAAUUCUCUUAAGGUAUUAGCAAACGAUAUGCUAAGAAUGUUAGACUCAUUACUCACUGACAAUUUAUUUGUUUAAUUUUCAUGCAAUGUGAAGUUUGGAAAUGAGUUUAUUAAAAUAUUCUCUAAUGUCUCUAUUAAGUAUUGUGCUGUAUGCAGUGUUAGAUACAUGCUGAAUUUCAGUGGGAUUAUUUGAAUAACUUUUAAAACAGAGUUGUCGAACAGGUGCCUUUGGAAAGAUUCAUAGCUUUGUUAUGGUUACUUUUGCCUUUAUCUAGGCAUCUCCUAAAAUCUAAUGCCUGUAUUUCUAGUUAAGCAUCUCUUUUGUCUAGACAUGCCUAGCGAUGUAGCUUCUGUCAUUCUUGGAUUGUCUCACAAAGUUGCGUCCUUUUAUUAAUCUUGGGUUCAAAGGCUAUUGAAUAAAUUGGCAAUCCUAAACUUAUAGUUUCUAGAUGGUUCAGAACCACUUUUUUACCACUAUUCUGAAUACAACCCACAUAAAAAGUUGUGGUCGUCUUUUGUAGUUCAUAUGAUGAGGAAAAGAAAGCUUAAAAAAU